AAGACGUUUGCUGUUGAUGACUGUGUAGAGUUAGACUUUGAACAAGCCAUCGUCUCGUCAUUGUUACCAAAUCCUACCAGUGCUUUUGAGCAAUCAGUCAAAUUACUUGGAAAGCGUUUCAUCUACGCCUAUAGUGGAUGCUAUGUGAUUGGUAAACAUGUUGGUGAGUUAGUGGUGUGCACUGGACCAUCAAUGCAUCCAACGAUACGUGAUGGUGAUUUGGUGUUAGCUGAGCGUUUGAGUGUAUUGUUUCGAACAAUUCGUAGGGGCGAUAUUGUUGGUGUUCUGUCACCAAGUCAACCGGAGCAGUUACUUUGUAAACGUAUGACUCACAUCGAGUAUGAUCGUGUGUAUAAUUGUCAGGUAUUACCAACCGGCCGAAUCCCUAAGGGACAUGUCUAUCUAGAGGGUGAUAACACAUAUCUAUCAACCGAUUCACGUUACUUUGGACCGGUUCCUGAAGUACAAGGUGAAUCAAAUUCUGUUGCUGCGUUAUUGAAGAAGGCGCAUCGUGGUUGGGCACACCAUCAGCAGGCUGUCAACUUGGGAUCACUGGAUGAAACUGAUCCCUUGUUGAGGAACUUUGCUGACCUUCGCGAUGUACUCAAUUCGGUGAACGAUUUGUGUGACAUGAACCCAGAUACAUUUCUGAGUCCCUUUCUGGAUGUGAUUCGAUCCGAGCAAACCAAUGGACCGGUCACCGCACAGGCACUUUCUUCGGUGGCGAAGUUUCUCAGUUAUGGACUGAUUGAUAGUAAUAGUAUCAAAGCAUCGAAUGCAGUGGAGAAUAUCGCAGACGCUGUAACACACGCUAAAUUCAUUGGCAGUUCUGAUUCGAGUAGUGAUGAAGUUGUUCUAUUGAAAAUAUUGCAGGUUCUUCGAACACUCUUACUAACACCAGUCGGGCGUUUGCUAUCUAACGAAAGUGUGUGUGAAAUGAUGCAAAGCUGUUUCCGUAUAUGCUUCGAAGGUGCUUUAAGUGAACUGCUUAGGAGAGCUGCCGAAUCAACGCUAGCUGAUAUGACUCAACUUCUGUUCACCAGAUUACCGUCAUUCAAAGAGGAUAUACGGCAUCCGUAUAUUAGAAAACUAGUUCGUUCUCUUUUAUUUGGUAGUGUGAAAAGGAGUGGUGUUAUUGGAGGCAAAAGGAAGCGUCGCAAAGUACCAACGCAGAAUCUGCCAACGAAAGAUGCAGCACAUGCACCGUCUACUGAUGAGAUUGUUCCGAAUGCUGACACUCCACCAGCAGCUGCAAUGGAUGAGCACUCGAAAGAAGAGCUGAACGUUUCGAGUGAAGAGCACAAAAAACUGUCAGAUUCUGCUGAAAAUGCAAAAGAAACAGAAUCUGAUAGGCAUUUGUCAGCCACAAUCUCAGCAGAAACCGAUGUGACAGCGGUUGGAACGAAAGGCGACGAAAUUCUGCCGAAAAUUGUCGAUGACAAUUCGAUACCAGUCGAAGCAACUCCAGUGAGCAUAGGCGAAGCAACAUCAGAAAGUGGAGGAUUCGACGUGCUAUCGUCAGAUUCGUGCAAUAAUACUGCUGUGAUUAGCAGUCCUCAUGUGGCUGCGGAGGAGUCAACUGUCGACAUAGACUUGACGUCAACAGUGCAAAUUUCGAGUGAAGAUUUGGAUGAUGGUAUUGUGCCGGACAAUGAUGAUAGCAGUGUGUGUGGAGAUGAGAACGACAGUGGCACGUAUCAGCAGUCACUGCCACAAAGACAACGCAUCAACGACAGAGGAGUGCGUUUCAUACCAGAAGCUGAGAAGGAACAGCGGUCAGCACUCCGUCGUGACAAUGAAUCACCUCAACCAAUCAAUGUCAAACCGACGUCUCAUAUUCCGUACGGUCUGCCGUGUGCUCGCGAAUUGCUGAGAUUCUUGAUCGCACUGACGAAUCCGUUGGAUCGAGCCAACACAGAAUCGAUGAUCUUGAUGGGAUUGAAUUUGUUAACUGUAGCACUAGAGGCGGGCGCUGAUUAUCUGCAUAAUUAUGUUCUUCUAAUGCCAUUGGUUAAAAACGAAUUGUGCCGAGCACUUUUACAGUUACUUGACACAGAAAAACUUCCGGUAUUUGCAUCCACAAAUCGAGUUUGUUUUCUUCUCUUCGAAGCUCUUCGAACAUCUCUGAAAUUUCAAAUGGAAUCUUACUUCAAUAAACUCAAAUCAAUUGUUACCAGUGAACAGAGUCGUAUCAGUUACGAACAAAAAGAGAUGGCACUGGAGAGCAUCGUUGAACUGUGGCGUAUACCGGGCUUGGUGACUGAACUUUAUUUGAAUUACGAUUGCGAUUUGUAUUGUUCGAAUCUUUUCGAGGAUUUGACUAAGCUUCUGUUAGAGAAUGCGUUCCCUGUGAUGGGUCUACGAUCCACUCACAUUCUGUCGUUGGAUGCGCUUUUGACGGUGAUUGAUACGAUUGAAGUGAAUUGUGUUUAUCGUCAAGCUGGUGGUAUUCAGCCGUAUAUUUCACCGAAUUCGUCGUCGACUCAACUUCGUCUUCCAGCCAUAAGUGGAUUUUCUUUUGGUAAACAAAUUGAACACUCUCAAGAAGAUGCCAGACAACAUCUGGCGUUGACCAUUGACAACUGCAGCGUUGAGAAAAACGAUUCCGAAACGAAAUUGAAUCAAAUGGACGAUGGAACAUCUGCAUUACUCGAGUCGUUGUUGCCAUCGUCAGCGGUACGUGCUAAUCGAAUGGCUCCAUCAAAAAAAUUACCGUCAAUUAGCGAAGUAAUCGAACGAAAGAAACAAAAACGAAUCAUCACUGAAGGAACCGACUUGUUUAAUCAAGAUCCAAAAAAAGGUACGUCACAAUAUGCAUAA